UUUACAAGUCGUGCAUGAAUGAUGCAAAAAUUUCAAAUGAUGGAAUUAAGCCAAUUCUCGGUGUGAUAGAACAACUUGGUUCUUGGAAUAUCACCAAUAAGAACUGGAGUGAAACUGAUUGGAAAUUGGAGAAAAUACUCGCUAGGACGAUGUUUAACCUUUAUACCGGAACAUUUCUAUCCGUCGAUAUAAUGUCAUCUUUCUUCAACAAUUCCAAGCAAUUCAUAACAAUCAGUGCGGGAAAGUCUGGUUUCCAACCCAUCACACUUGACAAAAUACUGCCAGAAACAACACCUUGGAAACAAAAUUUGGAUGUCAAGGGUUUUGAUACUCAUAAAGACAGAUACAAGAAGUUUAUGUCGACCAUAUUUAAUCUUCUUGUUGCUAAAGAAGGGAACAGCAUUUCCGGUGAUAACUCUAAUAUUGACGAGGAGGUGAAUCGCAUUGUAGAUUUGGAACGAGAAUUCAUAGAAGUUGUGAAAUAUAUAAACCUGAGGAAUAUUACAGAACUGAAAAACAAUAUCAAAUUUAUGACAAUUGAUGAAUUGAUGAAGCUGACAUCGUUCCAGUUUGAUUGGAAAGCCUAUUUUUAUGAAGGGACUGGUAAAACAAUUGACGCUAAUCUGAAAUUUAUGGUACUUAACCCUGAUAACAUCAAAAGGAUUGUUCAGUGGCUUACAAAAAAGCCGAGCAGUUUGCUGGCAAACGAAAUCAUUUGGAACGUUAUUCGAAGUUUGAUACAAACUUUACCAGCGCCGUUCAGAAGUGCAUUGGCGAUAUAUGUAAAGGCAUCUCUUCCACGAUGGAAGGUUUGCAGCUUUUUAACUGACAAAAAAGCUUUCACCUUUGCUACAACACUGCUCUAUGUAGAAAAACACUUGUCACAAAGUGCCAUGGAAACGGCAGCAGAAAUGUUUGCCGAAAUAAAAGACCAGUUCAUUAGCGGGCUAAAAGAACAAACAUGGAUGGACGCUGCGACUCGUGCACAAGCAAAGCUUAAGUUGCAGAAGAUGAAGGAUGUGAUUGGAUUUCCAUCAUUUAUUAAGAAUGCGGAAGUGCUGAAUGGAUAUUAUAGUAAUUUUUUUGUAAACGAAUCUCAUUUCCUACAAAGUUAUCUGAAUGUUGUCAAAGCACAAAUUCUGAAUAAAAUAAAGGGAUUUGGAUGGAAAGUAGAUAAAAUGAGAUCGACAAUUUCAUAUCUUGAUACAAAUGCUUACUAUCAUCCUCAACAAAAUAGCAUAACUAUGUUGGCAGGAAUAUUAGACGAUCCCUUCUACAAGGACGGGAGAUUAAACGCGUUGAAUUACGGUUCCCUUGGUAUGGUUGUAGGACACGAAAUAACGCAUGGAUUCGACAAGUCAGGAAGUGAGUACGACGAGAAUGGAAAUAUCCGUGAAUGGUGGACCAAGGAAUCGCGUGAAAAUUUCAGAAAACGAUCGAAAUGUAUGAUUGAUCAGUACAACAAAGUCAAAAUUUACGGUCUUCAGGUGAAUGGCAUUAAGACGCUGUCUGAAAACAUCGCCGAUAAUGGAGGUUUGAAAUUUGCUUUCAGGGCCUAUCAAAAGUGGCGGAAAGCAAAUGGAAAUGAGAAGACAUUGCCAGCUCUUUCUAAGUUCACCAAUUACCAACUUUUCUUCAUCAGCUUUGCUCAGACAUGGUGCGCUAAAUAUAAAUCAGUUGCACAUCUGAAAGCUAAAAUGAAAACAGAUACCCAUUCGCCGAAUCCAGCCAGAGUUCGAGUUACACUACACAACUCUCCCGAAUUCCGUGAGGCAUUUGGAUGUCCAGCUCCAAAAAACACGUGCGCGGUUUGGUAGUUGGUGUGAGAGUGCUCUAAUUUUUAUUUACAGACAAAUAGUAUUGCAAAUUCAGUUCCCACUUAGAUGCAGGGGCGCACACUAUGGAGUAUAAGUACGCGGAGAGGGUAUAGUCACCCGUAUUGCAUGGGACCAAGAAAGCUCCGCGAAAACCCGUCUGGGACGAAUAAUGUUGGACCAGCCUAACUACCUGUCUACCUUUUCAGUUACCUGCCAUACGUAUCUGUGAAGAAGUUUUUAUGGGAAGACUCGGAAAUGCCCGUUUACUAAGAUCUAGUCAACCAACAUUCCGUUCAAAAUUUUCACAGAUCACUCUCUUAAAACCAAACCCUUAGUUUUCAUCGGUCAAUCGAAUUAGUUUACGUUCGUAUGCCUUUGCUUGUAAAGCAUAUGCAUCGAAGUACUAAAUAAAAGCACUCCCAGCACCCCCCGGUGCACCCUACAUUUUUUAUGUGCGCCCCUGAGUAGAUGGCCUGACUCAUGAUAUUAGAAAAAACCUAGUGAACACAAGCAGUAUAGUGUUAAGUCUAGUUAUCUAUACCUUUAAGGUGUGAAUUCAAUAUUGUUUUUUUUGGCAUUCAUAGUUUAUUACUAUAUUCUAAUCCUUACGAUGUUUAAUUAACGUAAUA